AUGCUUCAGCGCGAGGAUCCGAAGCAGCCCUUCCCAUACACGCCAUUCAAAUCAGGCUCUCUGAGUAAGGCUGCAUCAGUAAAUGCACUUCGUGGAGGUACACCGAACCCACAGGUUGGCCCAGAUGUGUUGCAAAUCUAUGGCAUCCAGCAGCAGCCAGGAUAUCCACGAACAGUUCCGGGUAUACAAGAUACGAUACGAACGCAUUACAACCCAUACAAUUUAUACGAUACCAGUGUUAUACCACGUCCGGAACCGAAAGGAAUAUGGAGAGGGCCUCAGUCUGGAGUAAUUCCGCCUCCACCAGGCCCAUAUCGUCCAGCCAGUGCGAUGAAUACGCCAGCUGUCAUCCGACCAACUUCAAGGGCAAAUAGUGAUUUGGGAAUUGGUAUGUGUAAGUUAAAUUUUUCACAGACAACGAUUUUUGGAUGCUGA